AUGGCGCUCACAUAUCAACAAUCAAAACUGGUCAAGGACACCAUCCCGGCCCUCCGAGAGCACGGUGAGAAGAUCACGACCAUCUUCUACAAGAACAUGCUUCGCGACCACCCGGAGUUGAACAACUACUUCAACAGCGUCAACCAGAAGAAUGGCCGGCAACCGCGUGCCUUGACCUCUGUCAUCCUCAGCUUCGCCUCCAACAUCAACCACAUCAGCGAGCUGAUCCCCAAGUUUGAGCGCAUGUGCAACAAGCACUGCUCUCUCGGUAUCCAGCCUGAACACUACGAGAUUGUCGGCAAAUACCUGAUCAUGGCCUUCACCGAGGUGCUUGGCCCAGCAAUGACACCGCAGGUGCACUCGGCUUGGGAGAAGGCGUACUGGUUGUUGGCCAAGAUGCUCAUUGGGCGGGAGGCGCAGCUUUACAGAGACUUUGAGUCGUGGAGCUCAUGGCGCAAGUUCAAGAUUGACCGGGUGGUGCCAGAGACGGAGGAUAUCUACUCCUUCUAUCUCGUGCCACAGGACGGCAAGAAGUUGCCCAAGUUCUUCCCAGGACAGUACAUCUCUUUGCGGGUGAACGGCCCGGAGGGCUAUCUCCAGUCAAGACAGUACUCGCUCAGUGAGGCGUGGAAGCCUGACUACUACCGCAUUACGGUCAAGAGGGAUGAAGGCGCCAGGUAUUCCAACUCGGUUUCACAAUCGUACUUUCAUCCUGGUGUUGUGUCCAACCUCUUGAUCGACUCGAUGCCCGCUGGCACCAUGGUCGACGUUUCUCACCCCGCCGGCGAGUUCUUCCUCGACACCAACAACUCCAGCAACGUCCCCAUCGUCCUCAUCUCGGCCGGUGUCGGUGUUGCGCCCAUGGUCGCCAUUGCCAACGAAGUCGUUGCGACACAACCCAACAGGCCAAUCUCGUGGAUCCACGGCUCCAGGAAAUCGGUACCGUUUGAGGAGCACAUCACACACCUGAGACGCACCAACCCCAACUUCCACACCAACAUCUUCAAGACACACCUUGCCGGGAGCGACGUGGUGGGGGUAAACUACAACUACGACUUCCGCAUGGACCUCGCCAAGGUCAACCCCGACGACCUCCACCUCAACCACGGCGGCACCGAGUACUUCAUCUGCGGUCCCGAGCAGUUCAUGCUGGAGAUGUCGGAUUACCUCAAGAGCCAGGGCGUGCUGACCCAGCGCGUCCAUUUUGAGCUCUUCUCGACCGGUGACCUUGCGUUCAAGCACCAAUGA